AUGGUCUGGUUGGCGACUAGAAACAGACUUGUUACUAUGGACAGAGUGGCUAGUUGGAGUAAAGGGGUAGAUACUUCAUGUGUCUUACGCAAAAACGCUCCGGAAACUAGAAACCAUCUCUUCUUUGAGUGCUCAGUUUCAUCUCAGAUAUGGAAGCAACUCACCCAAGGUAUAUUGCAGAGCUCGUUUGUCAAUACUUGGGAUGCUCUCUCAAGCUUGAUCAUUGGCUCAUCUAUGGGAAAGCAGAAGAGGUUCUGCCUCAGAUUCGCGUUUCAAACCACUAUUUACACCUUGUGGAGAGAACGAAACAACAGGCGGCAUGGAGAAGCACCAGCGCCUCCGGAGGUUCUGCUCAAGCUGAUAGAUAAGGCCGUUCGGAACAAGCUUAGCCUUAUGCAGUCCAAGCGAGUAAAAAGCUUUGAUGGAGUGUUACCAUACUGGUUCAGUACUAGGUUGUAA